AUGAAGAGCGACAGUCGCGGUCUUUCAGCAGCUAUAUUUGUCUGCGAAUCACUGGGCAUGAUAUUGAUAAUCUUCCUUCUCCUGGGCAUCCUUGAAAGAGCGAACAAGAUACUUCCGAUCCUUCGGAAACGCCUUUUUCUCCUCCCGUCAAUCAUAACCUGGAUUGACAUCGGCAUUUCAAUUGGUGGUUGGGUGGCUGUCAUGCAUGUCGAACAUCCCCUGCUACCAACUCCAUACAGUCAAGCCAGCACGGCGCUACUAGCGGUGAUAUACCUAUACAUGGUAGGAGUCUUUAUGGCGAUCGGACUCCACCGAAGCAACCUUCCCAAACAGGAACGGUGGGGCAUCACAGCUGUGGCCGUGUGCAUUCCGAUGUUGGCGGUGCGCCUUGCAUACACGCUCAUAUUUGUGAUCACUGCCGACAUGGAUUUCAACGCGAUUAGGGGUAACCCCACGGCCUACCUGAUCAUGACCAUGUUGCCAGAGGUAGCCAUUAUUGCCAUCUGCACAUACAUCAUCCAGGCCAAAAUUCCCGUGUCGCAUGAUCUGAAUGGCAAUCGCCAAAAGCUGGGGAGCGAGGAUGGGGGCGAGUAUUGGUUCGGUGGGACGGGAAGUCCACGUGGCAUUGUAUAG